CGUGUCAUUUUCUGGACCGGACGCUUCUUCAGGAACAACAACGCGGAUACUCUUUCAACCACCUCGGUAGCUUGCUAGCCAACAUAAAACUGAAAGGUUGACGCUUUAGACCAUGUUUGUGUACAUUAGCUAAUCUCAGUGUUGUAAACAAAUUUCGGUUGACGUAUCAACUGCUUAACUUUAACCUAAUUUGCUUGUUCAAUUUGCAAACUUGUUAAAGAUUGAUUCUGAGCCUAGCACUAGGCUAGUCGCUAAUGCUACCUAGCUAGCUAGCUAACAUCCCUGACCAUGAGCUCACCAAACUACUCCUCCCUUGCUAAUGAAGAGGGGGUCUGCUGUAUGGAGAAAGAAUCUUUCAGAAUGAAAAAGGAGGAAGAGGAGGCUGUUAUAGUGAUAGAAGAGAAAGAACCUUUUAGAGAGGAAGAGGAUGCUAUCUCAAUAAAGGUGAAGGAGGAAGACGUUUUGGGAGUGAAAGAGGAGGAGACAGAAUAUCCGAUUAACACCAGAGAGAGACAUGACUAUCGUGGAUCCUCUGGGGAGCCUCAACAACAUCCUGAUGCUGACGAGGCAGAGAAGAGUCUCUCCAGAUCAGAACACCAGAUGGACAACGCUAGCCCUUCCUCCCUCCCGGAGUCCCCGUGUCGUGCCUCUCCCGGUAGCACCUUAAUGCUGGGUAUGAAGAGGUUGUCUGUGCUGCUGGUGGACUGCAGGAAAACAAUGGGGCUGAGUGGAACUGUGAGAGGAGGAGAAGAGAAGAAAGGAUCAGAUUUGACUCAUCAAAGAGAAAGACCAGACUCAGAGGAACCAGAGCCAGGGACGUCCGAACCAGCAAGACGACACCAGUGCUCCUACUUUAGAAAGGGUUGUAACCGGUUAUGGAACCUGAAACAGCACGAGAAAAUACACACAAGGGAGAAGCCUUACCACUGCUCCCAGUGUGGAAAGUGUUCCAGCAGUUUAGGGGAGCUGAAACGACAUGAGAUAAUACACACAGGGGAGAAGCCUUACCACUGCUCCCAGUGUGGAAAGAGUUUCAAACGGCCUUGUCAUCUAAAACAACACGAGAGAAUGCACACAGGGGAGAAGCCUUACCACUGCUCCCAGUGUGGAAAGUGUUUCAGCAGUUUAGGGGAGCUGAAACGACAUGAGAUAAUACACACAGGGGAGAAGCCUUACCACUGCUCCCAGUGUGGAAAGUGUUUCAAUCGGUCAGGGGACAUGAAACAACAUGAGAGAAUACACACAGGGGAGAAGCCUUACCACUGCUCCCAGUGUAUACACACAGGGGAGAAGCCUUACCACUGCUCCCAGUGUGGAACGUGUUUCAGCCAGAAAGGAGGCCUGACCCAACACGAGAGAAUACACACAGGGGAGAAGCCUUACCACUGCUCCCAGUGUGGAGAGUGUUUCAAAUGGUCAGGGGAGCUGAAACGGCACGAGAGAAUACACACAGGGGAGAAGCCUUACCACUGCUCCCAGUGUGGAGAGUGUUUCAAACGGUCAGGGGAGCUGAAACGGCACGAGAGAAUACACACAGGGGAGAAGCCUUAUCACUGCUCCCAGUGUGGAAAGUGUUUCAACCAGAAAGGAAGCCUGACCCAACACGAGAGAAUACACACAGGGGAGAAGCCUUACCACUGCUCCCAGUGUGGAAAGUGUUUUAGCCAGAAACGAGGCCUGACCCAACACGAGAGAAUACACACAGGGGAGAAGCUUUACCACUGCUCCCAGUGUGGAGAGUGUUUCAAACAGCCAGAAUGUCUGAAACGGCACGAGAGAAUACACACAGGGGAGAAGCCUUACCACUGCUCCCAGUGUGGAAAGUGUUUCAACCAGAAAGGAAGCCUGACCCAACACGAGAGAAUACACACAGGGGAGAAGCCUUACCACUGCUCCCUGUGUGGAAAGUGUUUCAGCCAGAAAGGAGGCCUGACCCAACACGAGAGAAUACACACAGGGGAGGAGCCUUACCCCUGCUCCCAGUGUGGAAAGUGUUUUAAACAGCCAGAAUAUCUGAAACGGCACGAGAGAAUACACACAGGGGAGAAGCCUUACCACUGCUCCCAGUGUGGAAAUAGUUUUAAGGUGUUAGGAACCCUUAAAGCUCAUGAGAGAAUACACACAGGGCAGAAGCCUUACCACUCCUCCCAGGGUGCAAAGUUUUUGCCCAUUUAGGAAGCCUGAAAGAACAAAUGAGACUACACAUAGAGGAGAAGGCUUAGAAAUUGCUCAGACUGGGAAAACAUUACUCAUCACAGUCACUUGAACGUCAUGAGAGAAUCCACACAGAAGAGAAGAAUUACUUGUAUAUUGAUAUUUCACAUCUCAUUGACUUAAAAUUCAUCAGAGAACAUACACAGUGCUCCCAUUGUCUUAUAUUGUUGACUGAUAAUGUGUUUACUUGUUUUUACCGUAUGAAAUUAAAUGGUACAAGGUAUACUCAAACAUAUAUUUGUUUGUUUUUAUUAGAAAACAUGAAUUUAAUAUGGAGUAUGUCAGUUUGAAUAUAAAGUAGAUCAGAUUCCAUGUGUUUAAAUGGUCCUUUUUAAAACUCUUUGUGUGUGUUUAUCUGGGUGUGUCAUUCCUACAGCACUACAGAUAAUACAGUGAUAUUUGGAUGUGAUGCAUUUGUUCCAUUGUUUACAUUUGCAUUGUUGGCCCACUGAUGAUUUAAUGAAAUUCAAAUAUUCAGACUGUAACGGAAAAUGUUAAUUGUAUGUGUGUUCACAUAACUGAUUAUGUGACUAACCUUGUGAAACUGUCCUAUUAUAAUCUCCUGUUCUUGGGACCAUCAUUAUGUGUUGCAAACCAGCUGAACCUGCGUCCUUGUAUGAUUAAAGUCCCUCCCAGGAACAGGAAACUAUAAAGAUAUGUGCUCAUCACCCAAUGCUUCAGGAAUUCAGACUGUCUACACUGCGCUGUGUAACUGUUAUUCUCUCUGAGCUCAGAAAUAAAGAAUCUUGGUUUGA